AUGAGUCACAUUGGUCUCAACAGCGACGAUUUCAGUUUUGGGGACGCUCGGCAAGUCUAUCGGUCAUCGACGGUUGAAAAAAGCACCAAUACCCCGGAGGCUACUCUACCACGCCAGAAUCCAUUCACUGUUCGCAAUACUCAUUCCUGGAACAAGAGCUCUUGGCUUUCUUGUAUGUCUACUCAGCUUUGCUCUGAGCGAGUUUGUACGAACUUAUCACCCUCGUUUCGUUGCCCUCGUUUCGUAACCCUCGUCUCGCUUUUAAAAUGUAGGCGUCGUCAUCACGUGCGGUUGCGCCAAGUGUACGAAGCGAAUCUCGUUUCGACAGCAGUCACAGCAAGCCGAUCAAGUGCUUCUGUAUCUGCUGCUGAGGUAGAUCGUCGGUGUAAGAUACGUGAACAACGAUUGAAAAUAGAACAACGACCGAAUCUGACGUUUUUCGCCCGUUGCCAAACUAAACUCUCACAACAUGUGGUGACAACGGAAUCGCAUGUGACUCAAAUCAAAAAUUACAAAUGUUAUGUCGGUUGA